UCAGUACUGUCAGUUGUCAGUUCAGUUGAUCUUCCACGUCAAAAGAUUUUAUCUCAACUUUCUCUUCAGAAUUUCUGAAAAUAGUUGAAAAUGUUUAAUUUCAAUUAAAUACUUUCUUUUAAAUGAAGUAGUGUUUCUAAAUCACCUUAAAUUAAUAACAGACUACGUUUCUGUGUCUUAAUUACGUGAAAAAUGGCUAGUCCACGAACCAGACGUGUCUUACAAGAAUUAAAACCUAAUAACGAAAACGAUAAAUGCUUUGAAUGUGGUACUCAUAAUCCUCAAUGGGUAUCUGUUACAUAUGGAAUAUGGAUAUGUCUGGAAUGUUCAGGUAAACACAGAGGUCUUGGUGUACACCUCUCGUUUGUUAGAUCUGUUACAAUGGAUAAAUGGAAAGAUGUAGAAUUAGAAAAAAUGAAGGUAGGGGGUAAUAGGAAUGCAAGGAUUUUUUUUGAAGCUCAACCAGACUAUGAUGAUUCAAUGUCCAUCCAACAAAAAUAUAAUACUAGAGCUGCUGCAUUAUAUAGGGACAAGAUUUCUACUCUAGCACAAGGCAAAUCCUGGGAUGAGAAGAAGUCUCCAGCUCAAAAUUAUACGAGUGGAUAUAUAUCGCCUACUCAAUCACAGUCACACUCGAGUAAAAACUACAACUCUUCUUCAUACCAGUCAUAUAAUAAUUCUGAUACCUACCAAGGUGGAUAUCAAAAUUAUAAUACACCAGCAUUUAAAGACGAAAAAGAAGCAUUUUUUGCUAGGAAACAGUUUGAAAAUGCCACUAAAAGAGAUGAUGUGCCCCCAUCUCAAGGUGGAAAAUAUAGUGGAUUUGGUUAUACACAAGAAGCCCCACCUAGAAGCCAGUCUCAAGAAUUUGUCGAUACAGCUUUAUCAUCUUUAGCAAGUGGCUGGUCGUUUCUGUCUUCGUCGGCAACAAAAAUAGCUAGCAAAGCAACAGAAAAUGCAGUCAAAUAUGGAGGAUUAGCCACCCAGAAGGUAGUUGAUAUUAGCUCACAAGUAGGCGAAAAGGUUAAACAAGGUACACUGAUUGAAGAUGUUAGUAGUCAAGUAACCAAUUUGUCACACAAGAUGGGUGAGUUAGGUCGAAAAGGCUGGAAAGAAGUGAGCGGCACCAAUAGCGGUUCUGAUUAUCAUUCGGGAGGUUAUGGCCAAGUAGGCGGUGAAAACUACCACUCUCCUGGUGAGAAAUCGUCUCUAGUCAGUAGCGGCAAUGGCUAUGGAAGAGAAGACGAAUGGAGUAUAGAGAGUCAGCAAGGUUCCAAAGCUUCCAGUCCAAAGUCAUCUAACCAAAAUUGGGAUUCCAGUUGGGGAUAUCAAAAUGAUACACCCACUGGAGGAUAUCAAUCGGAUUAUAGAGAUUAUUCGGCGAGCAACAGUGUUACUACAUCACCCACGGAAUCCAAGCCUACCAAUAGAAAAGAGAAGAAACAAAAGGAGCCAAAAAAAACUUGCGACGAUAAAUGGGGCGAUGACGAAUUAUGGGAAAGUCUAAAUAAUUAAAUUUCGAAUGUUCUAUUUGAAAAAAAAACUUGAAACGUAUAACCACCUUUCUCAUUCUUUGCCAUAUUAAUCAUGUUUAUGAGAUUAGGAUUCAACAUAUGGAACUCAAAAGGGUAAUUUAGAUUCACAAUUUAUUCAUUAUACAGGGUGGUCUGAAUUGUAAUCUGGAAACUUCGGCAACAUAUUCUGCAGAUAAAAAUAAGUAAAGAAGUUCAUAUAAAUUAGAGAUGAGCAGAAAAGAUUGUAAAUUCGCAAUCGCAACCUGCGAUUCCUUUCCAUAGCAAAAUGCGACUUGCGAUUGAAACAUCUAUCUGCCGAUUUUGGAUAUUAGGCAACCAAUAUUACACCAGUCGCGAUUUGCUAUCGCAGUGGGCACGCGAACGAAAAUCCCAGCAUUGCGAUUUUCGUUCGCACCGGCGGUGCAUCGACACGGCACUGAGCAAGCGAACGAAGAGCUGGGAACGAAAAUCGCAGCGCUCGAAAAACAUUGCGAUUCUCGUUCGCGCCGGCCGGCGGCGGCGCGUCAUCAACACGACAGUGGGCAGGCGAACGAGGAGCUGAACGAAAAUCGCAGCGAUUGCGGCUGCGAUUUGCGAUUGCACGCC